CCGCGUCCCUACCAUUUUUCCGGUUCUUCCGACUCUACCGUACCAUCUUGCAAGACAGGAACGCGAUGGGUAUAAAAGGGCGCUAAGCGAUGGAGGGAGAUCGAAACUUUGCGAUCGUUUUCUGCAGAGAGAUGCCGUUCUCUCCCUCCCUCAAAACUACCACCUAAAUUUCCCAAAAUACCCUCGGAAUUUCAUCUUCUUCGGCACCCGUGAAACCCUAGAUCGAGCUACAGCUAAUACGGUGUAGGCUUCUGCUCGUUCCUCUCAUCUUCUCUCAUUAUCUUCAUUGAUUUCAGCUCCUCGAUUCGGUUACACGUCCCGAGAAAUCCAAGAAUCAUUACUCGGUAGAUAUUUUGGUCUCGAUUUUCCUGCGUGGAUUUAAGUCAUUAUAGGUAGAAUUCAAAUGGUUAUUCCUUAUGAGGCUGUAGAUGGUCCUGCGGUAAUGCAGUUGCGUAAAUGGAGCGAAUCGCAGGUUCAACUCAACCUUUCAGAAUUCCAUGAAGCUUUUCUCUCUCCAACAAGGGAGCUAUUGCUGUUGCUUUCAUAUCAGUGUGAAGCCUUGUUACUUCCUUUGAUUGCUGGGGAAGUAUCUCCUUCCAUAUCAAUAAAUGGAGAUUAUUCGGACAGAUACUAUUCUGAAGGUCUUCAGAAGCCAAGUACUUCACCUUUUUGUUCUCCUGAAUGGACAGCCUCAGGCAGGUCAGAUUCAUUGUACAUUACCCCAUCCACAUCUGAACCUGUAAAAACUGUACCUGACAAGGCUUUUUCACAUCAAAGAAAUCCUUCAACAUCUAAGCAGUACCCUGUUGUUUGUGAUGUAAAGUCAUUGGCUUGGGGUCACUGCGGGGAUGCAUACGAUCAGCGUAAGGAUUCUGUUUUUAAGGAACUCCUUGUUGUUUCUGGUAAUCAUGGUGUUACUGUCCACGCUUUUCGUUACCUGGAUAAAAAUAAUGAAAUGAUCAAAUCUGCUCCCAAGGAUGGGCUUGUGCGAGGUAGGUGGGUGGAGUGGGGGCCUUCUGCUGCUUCCAUUUGCAAUCCGCAGGCAGAGGAGCAGCUCUGCUCUUAUCCCCAAAGUUCUGAAAGUUCCUGCAAAGUAAAGUGGGCCUCUAGUACCAAGGGAAAUCAACAGGAUGGUCAUGGUUCAGCAGGUCAUGAUGACUCUUCAGAUAGCAGUUCCACACCAAAAAAAUGGUUUCGAAGUUUCCUUGCUGAAGUUGAAACUAUCAAAUCUGAGGGCAACUUUUUGGCCAGGUUCCCAGCAAAGUCUUCAUUUCCUCAUUCUGCGGAAGUUGUUUCAUUUGCUAUUACUUUUAGCAAUUCUAUAUUCUUGGAUUUCCUUUCUUGUGCGAAUCCUGUAUCAAAUGCAAAUGAAAACCAGAGGGAAGAUACGAUGUUAGGACAAGUGGUUGAUACAUCAAUAUAUCCAUUCACAUGUUCUUGUGUGUUCUCCAGCUCUUCAUACCGUUUAAUUGGUAUGGUUCUGACACUACCAGAACCUGUACCCAUCGACAUUACUCAGGAAGGUGGACAGAAUACAGGCAGGAAUGUUGUAGUGGUUGCUAUGCUUUAUCAGUGGGGGAUACAGUGGGUUUCUUCAGUUGACCUCCCUGAUUUUUCUCCAAAAUCGGGGCCGGAAUUUGAAUGGAUGGACUUCAAAUUUUCUGAGGAAUAUCUUCUUUGCCUCAACAGUUUAGGCUUAAUCCUAGUUUGGGGUGCAACAACAGGAAAAUUGGUUGCUCGUCUUGAUGUUUUACAGUGCUGUGGAAUGAAUGGAAAACCACCCUCUGGAGCGCAACAUUCAAUGCCAUCCAUAGAGGGUGCCGUGGCUCCCGAUAAUACUGGCACACAGGUUGAACAAGGUAAUGAAGUCCAUGAGAAGACAAAUCACCUUGCUGGAGGAUACUUCUUCACUAAAAGAAUCUUCAAAAAGUUGAUGGUGGCCUUGAAUUCUUCGCACUUUGCUGCUGUUGAUGAGUGUGGAGUAGUAUAUGUAAUUUGUGCAGAUGACUUUAUUUCAGAAAAGUAUUAUCCAAGUAACAAAUUAUCACACUUCCAUCAUGGUGGGUUUGGCAUAUUGGCUGGAUGGAAGGUUGCAGGUUCUGAGAUAGGUGGUCAGAGAGUAUUUUCUGAUCUUUUAAAAGGUCAAGGUUCAAAGAUUUCAUGGAUGGAAAAUGAUAAGUUUCCAUCAACAGACCACAAUGAUGAUGUUAAACAUUGGAAGGAGCUAAAACGGCAUAUUCAGGGUGGAGGAAGCCAAUUUGAUUCCUUGAAUGGUUUUUCCAGUUCGUCACAGGAAAAGGGUCUCCGUAGUCCCCUGUCAGAUAUUUCAACUAUGCCCAUCCGUAGAAUACUUCUUCCUAUAUGUGGAUUUGACAGGGGGGAUUCUAUUUAUUUUUCUCCGUUUGGAAUCACUCGACUUGUUAAAUGCAAUGUGAAGGAUCAAAGGGGUUUUAAAAUUGCUCAUUCCCGUUUAACUGUUGCUUCAUCAGUUCUUGAUGAAGGAGGCUUGAAUUCAUGCAAGCACCCCAACAAGUUCUCUCUCCUUGAGCAGGAACAAGUCUUUCCUGGACAGGCUAUUGGUUGUUCAUUUCAAGGAAAUUUCUAUGUGAUAUCACAAGAUGGUCUCUCUAUUGUUCUUCCCUCAAUUUCAGUUUCAUCAAGCAUGCUGCCUGUAGAAUUAAUCGGAUACUGGCGACCGAGUCUCAGUGUGUGCAGUGGAUAUCAAGCGGAAAGUUUCUUGGAAAUUAAAGAAUCUAAAGAACUGUGGCCAUCUUGGAAAUUAGAGGUUUUGGACAGGGCCCUUCUAUACGAAGGCCCAGAAGUGGCUGAUCGCCUAUGUUUGGACAAUGGAUGGGACUUGAAAAUUUCUCGGAUGCGUCGCCUGCAGUUGGCCUUGGACUACUUGAAAUAUGAUGAGAUAGAUAGAUCUUUAGAGAUGCUUGUGGAUGUGAAUCUGGCAGAAGAAGGCAUUUUGAGGUUGCUCUUUACUUCUGUUUAUCAGAUCCUUUGUAAGGUUGGAAACGAUAAUGAGGUAGCUCUGGCAUCAAGAUUUCUGGCUUUAGCUGCCUGCUUUGCAACCAAAAUGGUCCGGAGAUACGGGUUAGUGGAGCACAAGAAAGAGAGGUUCAUCUUUCAGGGUGUUAAGGGUUCAAAAGUGUUUUAUCUACAGCCAACAUUACCAAAGAAGAUAGAAAGUGAGAUCAACAAUUUGAGAAGGCUUCAGGAGAUGGCUCACUUUUUAGAAAUCAUCAGGAAAUUGCAAUGCCGACUUAGUACGAAAUGCAAAAGGCCAGGACCAGGAGUGGUGGAUAAUAUGAAUGCAUCAAGUCUGGCAGAUGCCAGUGCAACACAGGAUGAUUCUGCUCUUCCAAUUCUUAAUGUAGACCCUAUCUCACUGGGGGUGAAAGAUGUACUGGAAGUUCAGAACCAGAGGGAAUUAGCAUUUCCCGUAUCAGACUCAGCAUUGGAUAGCACUGAAAAGCUUACUUUGUCAACGACGGAUUCCUUGGUCUCCACAAACCACUUGGGUUCUGGGAGCUUCCACGAAAAUUUUGUCCCUGACUCGCAUGGUUUGCUUCAAAGAAGGAAAAUGAUUCCUUUGGAAAAUCCAAAGGAUAUGAUUGCUCGUUGGGAAAUUGAUAAUUUAGACCUAAAAUCUGUUGUCAAAGAUGCUUUGCACUCUGGUCGUCUCCCUUUAGCAGUUCUUCAACUUCACAUUCAACGUUUAAGGGAUUUGGAUACCACCGAGAAAGAGCCUCAUGAUACUUUUAAUGUAGUUCGUGAUGUUGGAAGAGCUAUUGCUUAUGACCUAUUCUUAAAGGGGGAAACAGGACUAGCUAUAGCAACAUUGCAAAGACUUGGAGAAGACAUUGAAAUCAGCCUCAAACAAUUGGUAUUCGGAACUGUGAGAAGAUCUCUUCGAAUGCAAAUUGCAUUGGAGACGAAAAGACUUGGAUACCUGGGACCAUAUGAAUGGAAGAUGUUGGAGAGAAUAUCCCUUAUUGAGAGGUUGUAUCCCAGCAGCAGCUUCUGGGGCACAUAUCUCAGUAGGCAGAAGCAACUCAAUGAAGUUUCCUCUGAUCAAAGUUUGCCGAAGGGAUAUAGAUUGCAGCUGUCUUGUUCAAUGGCAUCUGAUGACUAUACCAUUGAAUGCGGUGAGGUUGAUGGAGCUGUUUUAGGUUCUUGGACAAAUAUUGAUGAAAGCUCUUCUUUUCCUCUGGUGGAUGAAGAUAAUACUCAUGCUGGAUAUUGGGCGGGUGCUGCUGUCUGGUCUGAUGCCUGGGAUCAAAGAACUAUGGAUCGUAUAGUUCUGGAUCAACCAUUUCUUAUGGGAGUUCACACAUUAUGGGAAUCACAACUGGAGUACCAUAUAUGUCACAAUGAUUGGGAUGAGGUAUCCAGGCUCCUAGACAUGAUUCCUCCAUCCUUGUUAUUGGAUGGAAGUCUCCAAGUCAAUUUGGAUGGAUUACAUUCUGCUGCUACUGUUGAGUGCAGCGACAGGAUGCCUGAUCACGUUAAUUAUUUCCUCCCUGCUGAUGAAUUGGAUGCUGUUUGCAUAAAUGUACCAAACAUUAAAAUUUUCAGGUUUUCAGCUGUUAAUAUGUGCUCCAUGUGGUUAAGAAUGCUCAUGGAGAAGAAACUAGCUAGAAAGUUUAUUUUCAUGAAGGAAUAUUGGGAAGGCACUGCAAAGAUUAUACCGCUUCUGGCACGUGCAGGCUUUAUUACCAACGCAUCUGAAAUUUCCUACCAGGGUGGAUCUGCCGAGAGUUUAUCAGAUCUUGACAUCGGAAAUAUCACUGAAGAAUUUCACGAAGAUACUUUGCAAUCCUUGCACAAACUUGUAAUACAUCAUUGUGCAAGAUAUAACUUGCCUAACCUUCUGGACCUCUACCUGGACCACCACAAAUUGAUUCUAGAUAAUGAUUCUCUUGGUUCAUUACUGGAAGCUGCAGGAGAUUGUCACUGGGCAAAGUGGUUGCUCUUAUCGAGGAUAAAAGGACGUGAAUAUGAUGCAUCAUUUUCUAAUGCUCGGUCAAUUAUGUCUCACAAUGUAGUUCUUGGUAACAAUAUCAACGUUCCUGAGAUUGAUGAAAUCAUACGUAUCGUUGAUGAUAUGGCUGAAGGAGGAGGAGAAAUGGCAGCUUUAGCCACCUUAAUGUAUGCCCCUGCCCCCAUUCAAAAAUGCCUGUGCAGUGGAAGUGUAAAUAGGCAUUGUAGCUCUUCAGCCCAGUGCACAUUGGAAAAUCUAAGACCUGGUCUUCAACAGUUCCCCACUCUGUGGCGUACUUUGGUUUCAGCGUGUUUUGGACAGGAUGCAGAUGGCGCUUCUUUGGCCUUUAAUGCAAAGAGGGUAUUUGGCAAGUCUGCUUUGUCGGACUAUUUGAAUUGGCGUGAUCAGAUUUUCUCCUCUACUGGAGGUGACACUUCGUUGAUGCAAAUGCUCCCAUGCUGGUUCUCGAAGGCUAUACGAAGAUUGGUUCAGAUUUUUGUCCAGGGCCCCCUUGGAUGGCAAUCUUUAGGAGGUGUCACACACACAGGAGAAUCAUUUAUGCACAGAAACAGUUAUGCUGAUUCAAUAGCAAAUGAAAAUGCUGAAAUCCGUGCCAUAUCUUGGGAAGCAGCUAUCCAGAAAAACAUUGAAGAGGAACUAUAUGCUUCUUCAUUUGAGGAGAAUGGAUUUGGAGUUGAGCACCACUUGCAUCGUGGCCGUGCACUAGCAGCUUUCAACCAUCUCCUUGGCAUACGCGCUCUUAAGUUAAAAUCAACAACUGCCCAUCAGGAAUCAUCUGGAGCUUCAAUGCAUGGACAAACUAAUAUCCAAUUGAAUGUGCAGAAACUUAUUGCACCUUUGGCUCAAAAUGAAGAAUCACUUCUUUCAUCCGUUAUGCCACUUGCUAUCUUGCACUUUGAGGACUCUGUUCUGGUUGCAUCCUGCGCUUUUCUUUUUGAGCUUUGUGGUUUAUCUGCUAGCAUGCUUCGUGUAGAUGUUGCCGCCUUACGACGAAUUUCUUCAUUUUACAAGUCCAUUGAUUAUAAUGAGCAGCAUAAGCAUCUUUCACCGAAGGGAUCUGCAUUUUGUGCAGUAUCCAGUGAAGGUGAUCUUACGGUUUCUCUUGCUCGAGCAUUGGCAGAAGAUUAUCAGCACCAUGAUAAUCUUGGCAUUCAGCAAAAGGAUACUCCCAAUAGAGUUGCAGCCAGUAGACAACCUUCACGGGCUCUAAUGGCUGUCCUCCAGCAUUUGGAAAAAGUGAGCCUGCCAGUUUUUGUUGAAGGGAAUACCUGUGGAUCUUGGCUUUUAAGUGGCAGUGGUGAUGGAACUGAGUUCCGAUCUCAACAAAAAGAUGCAAGCCGGCACUGGAAUUUGGUUACAGCUUUCUGUCAGUUGCAUCAUCUUCCGCUAAGCACAAAAUAUCUUGCUGUGCUUGCAAAGGACAAUGACUGGGUUGGAUUUCUGACGGAAGCUCAGGUCGGGGGGUUCCCAUUUGACAUGGUCAUCCAAGUAGCAUCUGAGUUCAGUGAUCCAAGGCUCAGGACCCACAUAUUAACAGUUCUGAGAAGCAUGAAUUUGACAAGGAAAAAGGCUACCUCUUCAACAAAUCCAAUGUCUUCAGGAAAAAGUAAUGACAUUUCCUUCUCUAUAGAAAGUGACAUUAUGAUCCCUGUGGAACUCUUUGGGAUUCUUGCUGAGUGUGAGAAACAGAAAAAUCCGGGGGAGGCCCUUCUGAUAAGAGCAAAAGACUUGCGCUGGUCUCUUUUGGCAAUGGUGGCGUCAUGCUUUCCAGAUACAUCUCCUCUCUCAUGCUUGACAGUUUGGCUUGAGAUUACCGCAGCAAGGGAGACCUCAUUGAUCAAGGUGAAUGACAUUUCCUCUCAAAUUGCAAAUAAUGUUGGAGCAGCUGUAAUGGCAACUAAUGCCCUGCCAACUGGUAGUAGAGCCCUUAUGUUUCGUUACAAUCGAAGGAACCCAAAACGGAGGCAUCUGAUGGAACAAACAUCAGGAAAUGGCCCAUCUGGUGCCCUGUUUGAUGUUUAUAGUAGUUCCAGUGCUACCACAAUUUCUGCUGCUCAAGAAAUCACUGCUGAAGAGGCAAGGAGAAAACAAGCUGAUGAACAAAUAAAAGUACCAACUGAUCCUGAUGAGGGACUUAUUUCUCUGUCCAAGAUGGUCGCAGUGCUUUGUGAGCAACAUCUGUUUCUUCCUUUGCUCAGAGCUUUUGAAAUGUUCCUUCCAUCCUGUUCUCUGUUACCUUUCAUCAGAUCUCUCCAGGCAUUUUCUCAAAUGAGACUGUUAGAGGCUGCAGCUCAUCUAGCAUCCUUUUCUUCCAGAAUAAAGGAAGAACGCCAUCAUAUGCCGAUAAACAUUGGAAAAGAUGGAAAGAUCGGAACAACAUGGUUAAGCUCAACUGCUGUUAAAGCUGCAGAUGCAAUGCUUUCAACAAGUCCAUCAGCAUAUGAAAAAAGAUGCUUGCUAAAACUUCUGGCUGAAGCUGAUUUUGGAGAUGGGGGAUCUGCUGCUGCAUGCUUUCGCCGACUUUAUUGGAAAAUUAAUUUAGCUGAACCUUCUCUACGCAAAGGUGAUGAAUUGUACUUGGGGAAUGAAACACUGGAUGAUGAUUCACUUUUGACAGCCUUAGAGAAAAAUGGACACUGGGAACAAGCACGUAAUUGGGCCAGGCAGUUGGAAUCGAGUGGUGCUCCUUGGAAAUCAGUUGUUCAUCAUGUUACUGAGACACAGGCUGAAGCCAUGGUAGCAGAGUGGAAGGAGUUCCUAUGGGAUGUCCCAGAAGAGAGAGCUGCUCUGUGGGGCCAUUGCCAAACACUAUUCAUCAGAUAUUCCUUCCCUGCAUUACAGGCUGGAUUGUUUUUCCUCAAGCACGCAGAAGCAGUAGAGAAAGACAUUCCAGCAAGAGAACUGCACGAAAUGCUCUUACUUUCACUCCAAUGGCUAAGUGGGACUAUAACCCAAUCCAGCCCAGUUUACCCUUUGCAUCUGCUGCGGGAAAUUGAGACUAGAGUAUGGCUCUUAGCUGUGGAAUCAGAGGCUCAGAUAAAGACUGAGGGAGACUUGACUUCAACCAAUUAUAGCCAGAAUCCAGUGGCAGGAAAUAGCAGCAGCAUUAUAGAUCAGACUGCAAUUAUUAUCACAAAAAUGGAUAAUCAUUUAAAUGCAAUGAGGGCCAAAGCUACUGAGAGAAAUGACAUGAGGGAAAUUAAUCAGACACAUUUUCGUCAGCCGCAAGUCCUAGAUGGUAACUCUCCCACCAUGUCAGGAGGUGGUACAAAGAUGAAGCGGAGAGCGAAAACCUACCUGCCAUCAAGACGAUCCUUAGUAGAUGCAGUGGAUAGAACUGGCGACCUUGAUGAUAGUUCCGCCUCUCUUCAUUUCAAGACCAACAAUGAUUUAGUUAGAAGUUUGCAGUUGCAAGAGGAAAAUGUCAGAAUAGAGGCAUCUUUGUCUGGAUGGGAGGAAAGAGUGGGACCUGCUGAAUUGGAAAGAGCUGUCCUUUCUCUAUUGGAGUUUGGGCAAAUAACGGCUGCCAAGCAGCUUCAACAGAAGCUGUCUCCAUCGCACAUGCCAUCUGAAUUUGUGCUUGUAGAUGCUGCUUUAAAGCUUGCUGCUAUUUCAUCUCCUAGUAGUAGUGGAGAAGCAUCUACACCUAUGCUUGAUCAGGAAGCUCUUUCAGUUAUUCAAUCAUACAAUAUACUGAGUGACAAUAACUUGACUGACUCAUUGCAGGACUUGGAGAUAUUAGCGACUAAAUUCAAUGAAGGUUGUGGGCGUGGAUUGUGUAAGAGAAUAGUAUCAGUUGUAAAAGCUGCAAAUGUCUUGGGCCUUUCAUUUUCUGAGGCAUUUGGGAAACGGCCAAUUGAACUGCUACAGCUGCUUUCACUUAAAGCUCAAGAUUCACUUGAGCAAGCCAAACUCCUAGUACAGACACAUGUCAUGCCUCUAGCCAGUAUUGCAAGAAUUCUUGCUGAAUCCUUUCUGAAGGGUCUAUUGGCUGCACAUCGUGGAGGAUAUAUGGAUUCUCAAAAGGAAGAGGGGCCUGCUCCUCUUUUAUGGAGGUUCUCUGACUUCUUGAAGUGGGCUGAACUUUGUCCCUCGGAACCAGAAAUUGGCCAUGCACUGAUGCGCUUGGUUAUUACUGGUCAAGAAAUACCGCAUGCAUGUGAGGUUGAGCUCCUCAUUCUGGCCCACCAUUUCUACAAAUCUUCUGCUUGCCUAGAUGGAGUUGAUGUUCUUGUAGCCCUGGCAGCAACAAGGGUAGAAUCUUAUGUGUCAGAAGGGGAUUUCUCAUGUUUAGCUCGACUGGUAACUGGAGUGAGCAAUUUCCAUGCCCUGAAUUUUAUUCUAGGCAUUCUUAUAGAAAAUGGGCAACUGGAGCUUCUGCUUCACAAGUAUUCAGCUGCAGACACUGCGACGGGUACUGGUGACGGGGUCAGAGGAUUUCGAAUGGCUGUUCUUACAGCGCUAAAGCAUUUCAAUCCACAUGAUCUUGAUGCAUUUGCUAUGGUCUAUAAUCAUUUUGACAUGAAGCACGAUACAGCGUCACUGCUAGAGUCACGAGCCACUCAGUCCAUGCAGAACUGGCGCUUCCGCAAUGACAAGGAGCAGACCGAGGACCUCCUGGAGUCCAUGCGCUUCUUCAUCGAGGCCGCUGAAGUGCACUCAACGAUCGACGCCGGGAACAAGACACGCCGUGCAUGUGCACAGGCCUCCCUCCUAUCCCUCCAGAUCCGCAUGCCGGAUAUUGCCUGGAUCAAACUCUCCGAGACCAAUGCACGGCGUGCACUCGUCGAGCAGUCCCGCUUCCAGGAAGCUCUCAUUGUUGCCGAAGCCUACGGUCUCAAUCAGCCCAGUGAGUGGGCCCUGGUACUAUGGAACCAGAUGCUCAAGCCAGAGCUCACCGAGCAGUUUGUGGCCGAGUUUGUAGCCGUGCUCCCACUCCAGCCAUCAAUGCUUGGGGAGCUGGCAAGGUUCUACAGGGCCGAGGUAGCAGCAAGGGGGGACCAGUCGCACUUCUCUGUGUGGUUAUCGCCUGGGGGAUUGCCUGCAGAAUGGGCCAGGCACUUGGGAAGGUCAUUUAGAAGCCUACUGAAACGAACAAGAGAUUUAAGGUUGAGGAUGCAGUUGGCAACAGUUGCAACAGGAUUCGGAGAUGUGAUCAAUGCAUGCAUGAAAGCGUUGGAUAGGGUACCCGACAAUGCUGGGCCACUCAUUCUAAGGAAAGGGCAUGGGGGCACCUACCUCCCACUCAUGUGAAAAAACAGAUCAAGAACAAUGAUGAUGAUGAUGAUGGUGAUGGUGAUGGUGACAGUUAAUAAGGAUUUCAGAGACAUUACAGCUUGCUGACGUAGACCUUUACUCAAGCCAGAACGAUAUGGAAGUUGUGUGGUAACACUUUUUAUCAGCAAGGCAGGGCAAGGCAAGGCAACUCUGUCUAUCAAUAUUCUAUUUCAAGUCUUUCGUCAAGGUCAGCCAACUCAUCUCUCUAAGGUGGUGAGAAAGUUUAAGCCAAUGAGCCUGACGUUUUGGUUCUUUGAAAUUGUUUUGAUGAAGUGAGGUUUCCUAAAGCUGCUUUAUUUUGGGGCUUAACAGUGUGGAAGUUGGGGUGGUGGUAUUCUUUCUUGUAUGUUGUAUAUUAUUAUAGUUCUAUUCAUUGAUAUAGUUCUUGAAAUUUUGCUUUUCAAA